UUGGCCGGCCGACUGGAUUGGAUACGUUUCCCGCUAUUGUAAAUAAAAAAGAUAACACGAUAUUUUUAAAUGAAAAGUGUGUUAAUUUCUAAAUAUGACUUGGUACAAAUUAAUGUGCAAUUGCCAAGAACUUCAAUUGAUAGGUACAUUAAACGGCGGUCAAAGCUUUAGAUGGACACACAAUAAAGACACAGAUGAAUGGCUAGGUGUUUUCUCGAAAACUGUCUGGAAAUUACGACAAAAAGAGGAUUAUUUGCAUUAUGAAGUGAUUGGCAGUUUAUUGAAUGAUACGCCUAAAAUUGGCACGAAAAGAAAAAACGGGGUGGCAAAAGUUGAUAGCGAAGAUCUUUACAAGAAGUUGCUUCAAGAUUAUUUCCGUCUCGAUGUGAAUUUAAGUGAAUAUUAUAAGGAAUGGUCUGAAAAAGAUGAAUUGUUCAGAUCAGUUUGUAAACAGUUUUAUGGAAUCAGAAUGUUGAAUCAGGAACCCGUGGAGAACUUGUUCUCUUUUAUAUGUAGUCAGAAUAAUCACAUAUCAAGGAUAUCCAGUUUAGUAGAGAAGCUGUGUACUCAUUAUGGGGAGGUAAUAUGUGAGUAUGAGGGAAUCACUUACCACGCAUUUCCUGAAGCCGAGAAGCUGUCACAGCCACAGGUAGAAUCAGAACUAAGAAAGCUAGGAUUUGGCUACAGAGCGAAGUUCAUCCAGAAAUCGGCUGCAGCUAUUGUGGAUGCUGGUGGCGAGAACUGGUUCGCAGCUCUGAAGGAAAUGAAGUAUAAGGAAGCCAGGGCUGAGCUCAUGAAACUGCAGGGCAUAGGGCCCAAGGUAGCAGACUGUAUAUGCCUCAUGUCGCUGGGCCACCUAUCAGCCCUGCCGGUUGACACCCACGUGUACCAAAUAGCGGCCCAACAUUACCUGCCCCACCUGCGAGGCAAGAAGAGCGUGACGGAGAAAAUGUACGUGGAAAUCGGUGAUCAUUUCCGCGCGCUAUAUGGCGAUUACACUGGUUGGGCGCAUACGGUUCUGUUUUGUGCAGAUUUAAAAAAGUUCCAAAACGGCACUGAAACAGCCUCUACGAAGUCUAAAAAGAAGUGCUAA